AAAAUGGUUCACUCAGCACUAAUCUCUCUGUAAUUGGUUUGUGUAAUUUCUCCUGUUUAUAUUGCUCCCUUGAUUUUCUCUUCCUAAGCAGCUGUUCUAAGAUGAGUCAGAGUUGAUUCUUAAGGGGAUAGUGCUCUUCCACAUGGACUAUAAAAGUCGAGAUGCAACAUGGCUAGCCAAGGCCCAAGACUUAUUUGGCACUCAGUCUACAACCGGCGUGGACUCCAUUCUCAGAAGUGAUCAAAAAAGAAACUUACGUAACUUAUUACAUAGACGGACCAAGGUAUGGUGGAACCGUAUGUUUUUGCAGAAAUACCUUGCUGGCAACCUUAUCCCCAGGGGCCUACGAGUCCAGGUUUUUCCGUCCUAUCCCAUUGAUGACAGUGGAUUUAAGGAACAAUGGGAGGACGCUUGCAAUAUUUGCUCUAGAAAGUUCCUUGAACUUUUAGUGGGACUUAACACACAGACUCUAGAAAAAAUUGAGGAGGAAAUUGGCGUUUUGCAGUCUACCCUGAUUAGAGAUUGGCCCCAGAAUGAGAUUGACUCAUUCAACAAGGAAUUGGAUGGCAACUUCACAACUUGGGAGAACGAAAUUCAAACGAUUAAAUCUAGAAAAUAUCAUCGAGAUCAACAGGAUGCGUUAUCCAGUAGGAUUUAUAGAUGGCGUCAACAACCGUUACCUACAUUAAUUCGCACGGCUUCCAUGUCAUCAGUUGCUUCCACAAGUGCAGGUUCAUCCGUCUCAACCUCUCAGAGAUAUUAUUACCCCCGUGAGGCUCGGGACAGGAAGCGAAAAAUGGAGUAUGACAGCAACCGGAGGGCUCCGACAAAAAAACGUGGAAAUACCAACAAGAAUGACAACCAGGUGAGUCCAAAUAAAAUUAUAAAUUUGUCAACCCAUAUACUUACUGAAGCACAAUGUGAAGUGUUGAAUUUGGGCCUAUCAUUUUGCCCCACUAGUAAGUUUGACAAUUUCUCGACAGUAAAAGAUUUGCACCUCUUUGCACGCAAACUCACUUUCAAGAAAAUCUUUGACAAUGCACGCCCACAGACCACCGCUUCAACAUCAUUUGACUUGACCUGUACUGCUGAUCAGCAAGUUACUCAGACCCUAAUGGAUUUACUCCAGGAACAGGAGAUGGAGACUGCCACAUCACAGGAAGGGAGGAAUUGUCCAGACUACUACAACAAGCCGUUGACACGGGUGUCCUGACUGAGAAACAACGUGAUUCUCUGAUGCCAAAGGACCCUACGGUAGCAUCAAUUUAUUUGUUGCCCA